AUGGAUGAAUUAAGAUACGAGAUAUUUAAAGCAAAAGCCGGGAAAUCAACAGGUUUGGAUAAAAUUUCAAACAAACUAUUAAAAGCAGCCGGGGAGACCAUUAUUGGCUCCUUAAGUCAAAUUUUUAAUCUAUCUAUCGAUACUGGAAUUUUUCCAGACGAUUUGAAACACACUAAGGUAACCCCUCUUUACAAAUCAGGGGACAAGAUGGAUUGCGAUAAUUACAGACCUAUCUCAGUAACAUCAGCAGUAGCAAAAAUUUUUGAAAAGCUGGUCUCUAGGCAACUAAAUAAUUUUUUAGAAUUUCACCACAUAGUAUCCACAUAUCAAUCUGGAUUUCGCACUCAACACUCCACAGAGACUGCACUCUUAUAUUCUGUAAAUCAAUGUCUUGUAAAUAUGGACCAGGGCCUUAUUAAUGGUCUACUGUUUCUUGAUCUCAAAAAAGCAUUUGACACUGUGGACCACAACAUACUCAUUUCAAAAUUAGAGCUUUACGGAGUACGAGGGAAAGCAUUACAAUGGUUUAUUUCAUAUCUGAGAGGGAGAAAGCAAGUUUGCAAAAUUAAUCACGAAAUAUCAGAUAGAGCUACAAUUACUUGCGAAGUCCCUCAGGGUUCAAAUCUAGGACCACUGCUUUUCUUACUUUACAUCAAUGACUUACCAAAUUGCUUAAGGUCUACAAAAGCAUCAAUGUUUGCAGAUGACACUAAUAUAUCCUGUGACGGAAAAUUAGCAACUGACAUUCAACAAAAAAUUAACUCAGACUUGAACAGUGUUCAUAAUUGGCUAUUAGCUAACAAACUAACUUUAAGUGCUGAGAAAACAGAAUAUAUGGUUGUUG